AUGAUUAUUUUCUGGUGUAUUCCUGUUGCUGUUGUUGGUGCUAUUUCGAAUAUUAAUUUCUUAAUUGAAAAGGCCCCUUGGUUAGAAUUUAUUAACAAUAUGCCAGACAAACUUUUAGGUAUCAUUACCGGUCUUUUGCCUGUUGUUGCGUUGGCUAUUUUAAUGUCAUUGGUUCCACCAUUUAUCAAAAAGAUGGGUAAAGUUAGCGGUUGUAUGACAGUUCAACAAGUUGAAUCCUAUUGUCAAGCCUGGUUUUAUGCAUUCGAAGUUGUUCACGUAUUUUUGGUCGUGGCUUUAUGUUCUUCUUCAAUCUCUGCAGUUCCCCAAAUUGUUUCAGAUUCGAGUUUACUUAUGCCGUUAUUAGCUCAAAAUUUACCAAAAUCUUCGAAUUUCUAUAUCGCUUACUAUUGUUUGCAAGGUUUAACUAUUUCUGCCGGUUUAUUGGUACAGAUCGUCGCCUUAAUUUUGGCGCAAUUUUUGGGUAAGAUUUUGGAUGGCACUCCAAGAGCUAAAUGGAAUCGUUGGAAUACUUUGGGUCAACCAUUUUGGUCCGUUAUUUAUCCAGCUUACCAAUUGUUGGCUGUGAUUGCGUUUUCAUAUGCUAUGAUUGCUCCAUUAAUCUUAGGAUUUGCGUUCGUUACAUUCGUUUUCAUUUACUGUGCUUAUAUGUACAUCUUGAUCCACGUUAUGCAACCAAACAAGACAGAUGCUCGUGGUAGAAACUAUCCAAGUGCAUUAUUACAAUUAUUUGUUGGACUCUACUUAGCGGAAAUUUGUCUUACCGCAAUGUUUGUUUUCGGUAAGAAUUGGGCUGCUGUCGCCUUGGAAGGUGUUAUGAUUGCAGUCACUGCUCUUUGCCAUAUUUACUAUAAAUGGAAGUUCUUACCAUUAUGGGAUGUUGUUCCUGUAUCUGCUAUUAGAUAUGCUGCUGGUGAUGGAACCUACCAAUAUCCAAUGCAUGAUCAAGGCUGGAAAGAGAUCAAGAUUGAAGGUGAAAACUACUGGCAAGGUGGAAACCAAUUGGGCUUGACAGGUGACCAUGAUCAACAAGUAUUACCAAACGUUAAUGAAAAGGAUACCUACUUGGCAACUGGUUCUGAAUCAAUUAUCAAUGAUGGUACUAGCCAGUCUAAGGUAACCACUGACUCUAAGCAACCAAUAAAUAGAAAUAAUGUUGUUGACGAAAAGGCUAUUGAAAGCUCUGGAGUAAGAAAUAGUGUUCCUACUUCUAAGCCAGAAGGAUCUGCAAUUACAAGAUUCUUCAAGCCUAAGUUACAAUCAUUUGACUUUGUUAGAGAUAAUAUGCCUGAGCCUUAUUUCAACUACAUUGAGUACAACCCAGAUUUCGUUAGAAAUGCUUAUGAAGAUCCUGUUGUUAAUGAUGAAGAACCACACAUCUGGAUCGCAAGAGACGAAAUGGGAUUAUCUGAAAUUGAAAAGAACAAGGCUUUAGAAAACGGAGUCGAUGUUUCAGACGAGAAUGCUAUUUACAACGAAAAGGGUGAACUUAUUUACACAGGAGCUCCACCUUCAUAUGAAGAAGCUUUGAAGGUCUAA